AUGUAUGAAAAGAUGGAAUUGAAAGAUGGAAUCAAUGGUUUAACAUUUGAACAUCGUAAUUCAAAAUCUUUGGCACAAGCAAUGUUACAUGCUUUGCAAAAUCCUGAAAAAAUGGAAAAACUUGGUGAAAGAGGUUACAUUUACUCAUCUAACGGAGAAGUACCAUGUGUGAAUGAACAUGUCGACGAAAUGUUGAAACUUUAUGACGAAUUAACUAACACACAAUCAUAUAUUCCCAAUAAAACUGUUCAAGAACCAAAACCACUUACAUCUCUUUCAGCACCAUGGCGUAUUACCUUUGACACAAAUCCCGAUGAUUGCAAUUUUAGUUGUGUAAUGUGUGAACAACAUUCCGAACAUUCACCUCAUCAAAAAGCACGAAAAGAACAAAAAAUUCGACGACGACGAAUGGAUUUUGAAGUAAUGAAGAAAGUAGUUACCGAAGCGGCUCCAUUAGGUUUAAAAGAAAUUAUUCCAUCGACAAUGGGUGAACCAUUAAUGUACAGAGAUUUAAAAGGUCGUACAUUUGAAGAUAUUAUUCAAUUAUGCCAUGAUCAAAAGAUUAAAUUAAAUUUAACUACAAAUGGUUCAUUUUUUUCACCUCAUGGUCACUCUGUUGAACAAUGGGCUCAAGCACUCGUUCCGGUACUCUCGGAUAUUAAGUUUUCAUGGAAUAGUGCAACCAAAUGUACUCAAGAAUUAGUGAUGAAAAAUUCAAAAUUUGAAAAACAGUUAUCAAAUUUGAAAACAUUUAUAUCUAUUCGUGAUAAAAUAGCAAUAGUUACGUUACAACUUACUUUUAUGGAAAUUAAUUUAUCAGAAAUUCCUGAUAUUGUAAAACUUGGUAUUUCGUUAGGUGUCGAUCGUAUUAAAGGUCAUCAUUUGUGGGCUCACUUUACCCAAAUAAAAGAUCAAAAUUUACGUCGAUCGCCUGACUCCAUACGACGCUGGAAUAAAAUUGUACAAGAAUGUCAAACCAUUGCCCAAAAUCAAUUAUUACCGAAUGGAAAACAGAUUAAACUGGAAAAUGUUUUCGAAUUAAGUGAAGAUAGUGGGACAUCUUCAAUUCAUCCCGAAUCAACUUGUCCAUUUCUUGGUAAAGAAGCUUGGAUUAAUCAUAGUGGACGUUUUGAUCCGUGUUGUGCUCCUGAUCAAGAACGAUUAUCACUCGGUAGUUUUGGAAAUAUUACUGAUCCAAAUCAACAACUAAUGAAUAUUUGGAAUGGUGCAACAUAUAAAAACUUAGUUAAAAAUUAUUCAUCAUAUCCACUAUGUCAAAAUUGUAAUAUGCGAAAACCACCAACUCAACAACAUUCGUAA